ACCUCACGAUCUUUAUCUUCGAUUAUCUGUCAGCAACGACGUUCCAGCUCCGAUUUGGGGUUGCAAGGGACUUUGAGUUUAUAGUGAAGAGGGAGGUUGUUGUUGUUGAUUCUUCAAGGUUAUCUUGUGCAACUCAUGGCGAUCAGGCUUAUGUUUGAGAACUCAUGUGACAUUGGGGUUUUCUCCAAGCUCACUAAUGCUUACUGCUUGGUUGCAAUUGGUGGCUCUGAGAAUUUCUACAGUACCUUUGAAACUGAAAUACGUGGUGUCAUUCCGGUUGUUAAAGCAUCUAUUGGUGGGACUCGCAUUAUUGGCCGUCUAUGUGCUGGAAACAAAAAUGGGCUUCUUGUACCACACACCACUACGGAUCAAGAACUUCAGCACUUGAGGAACAGUUUGCCUGACCAAGUUGUUGUUCAACGUAUACAAGAGAGACUGUCUGCUUUGGGAAACACGAUUGCUUGUAAUGAUCACGUUGCUCUCGCACAUUCUGAUCUUGAUCGGGAAACUGAAGAGCUCAUCGCUGAUGUUCUUGGAGUAGAGGUCUUUAGGCAGACAGUAGCAGGCAACGUUCUCGUGGGAAGCUACUCUAGUUUUACGAAUAGGGGAGGCUUGGUUCAUCCACAUACAUCCGUUGAAGAUUUGGACGAGCUAUCAACCCUUCUUCAGGUCCCGUUAGUCGCUGGAACCGUGAAUCGUGGAAGUGAAGUGAUUGCGGCUGGAUUAACAGCAAAUGACUGGACUGCAUUUUGUGGUUCGGACACCACUGCCACCGAGUUAUCGGUCAUCGAGAAUGUUUUCAAAUUGAGGGAGGCUCAACCAAGCUCCAUUGUCGAAGAAAUGAGGAAGUCGUUGAUUGACAGUCAUGUGUGAGGAGUUUCUUCUUCUACACUUGAGAUUUGCAAGCAAUUAAUUGUUAUUACUCUUAUCUUUAUCUUCUUCUGCUAUAUUUAAUGACAUUGUGAGUGAAAUUGGAGUUGUAUAUAUACUUUGGUAUCAUCGUCUUGGUCUUGUAUUAUUGUUACCAUUACCGAAAGUCGAUCAGUAACGAUAUCUGUAAUAAUAACAAUACUUAUGAUAUAUUUAUCAUUCUCUUGCUAUAACAGUAUGAUAGUAUUUGUAA